AACCGGAAGCGGCCCCGCGGCAUUGUGGGGCGGCGAUGGCGGCGAUGAGGGCGGUGUACCUGCUCCGCUCCGCCGCUCCCCGGGGCCGCUGCCGGGGCCGAACCUACGUGGGGUUCACGGUGGAUCCGCGGCGGCGGCUGCGGCAGCACAACGGCGGCAGGAGGCGCGGGGGAGCCCGCAGGACCAGCGGGAGGGGGCCCUGGGAAAUGGAACUUUUCGUCCACGGCUUCCCCUCCGAUGUCGCCGCCCUCAGGUUCGAGUGGGCGUGGCAACACCCGAACUCCUCCCGCUGCCUCCUGGCCCCGCCCCCUCGCCGCCCCCGGGAGCAGCCAAUCAGCUUCGCCCUCCGCCUCCUGCCCCGCCUCCUCCGGGCCCCGCCCUGGUCCCGCCUCCCGCUGAGAAUCCGCUGGCUCCGCCCACCCCGCCCCGCCCUGGAGCUGGCCCCGCCCCCUCACGUGGUGCAGGAGGAGGGGGCGGGGCUGCCGCGCCUUAAAAGGAAAAAGGGGCGGAGCCAGGAGGUGGAAAGGGAGGAUUGUGGGUGUGGCCUGUGUGGGGAGAUUUUAUGCAAAUUAAUGCCACCUGAGCAGGAAUUUCGGGGUUUUGACGUUGCCCCGCCCCUCCCAGGCACAGGCCACGCCCCUUUUGCGCUGUCCCCGCCCCCAGUGCAAGAUGGCCGCCCACCCCCCCUGCCUGGCCCGGCUCUUCCUGGCCCCGGAGCCGCUGCAGCUGCUGCCAGUAGGGGGCGCCUGUCCCAGGUGCCACACCCACCUCCUGUGGGGAGAUCUGAUUCGUCGCUGCCUGGGAGAGGCGGAGCCUGAAGAGGAAUGGGCGGAGCCUGAAGAGGAAUGGGCGGAGCCUGAUGAUGUCAUCAUCCCAAGCUCUGCCCCCACGUGAAGCCACGCCCACAAUGAGUUUUUAUUGUUUUUAAUUUAUUUAUUCAGAAUAAAAUCUUUUAACAACAAAACUAAUCAGUCAUUAUUAAAGGGGGUGUGGCUUUGUUGGGCCACACCCCUAUGACAUCAUUUCCUUUUUCCCCUCCCCCUUUCAGCCGCCAUUUUGAAAACUCAAAUCUCCAUUUUUAAAACAU